AUGCAAAAAUAUCAAAUAAAAUUCGAAGAAAAUUCUUUAAGUUCAACAAAUAUUCGGCAUUUUAUGAUACCAGAUUCCGUUAUUUAUUUAGCCACUGGACAAUAUUUAGGCAUUGGUUUUGGUGAAACCGAUUGUCCAUCGUAUCUAUGUGAAGGCACAGAUUCUUAUUAUAUCGAUUUGAAUUCGGCAAAUAAUGCAUUAGAAACAGGCAGACCAAUCAUGUUCAUUCGACAAUCAAAUCGUGUUAUACUUGGUUUCACAAUUCGUUCUUCACCAAGUUUGUGA